AGGCGGGAGCGAGUAUCGACGAGAGUCAGGACGACAACAAAGAAACAUGAAAGCUCGGACGAGGAGGAUUUUGACGAGGAUGAAGGAGACUACGAUCAGGAGGAAGUUAUUCUCGACCCGGAGGAGGAGAAGGCGCUGGCCAUGUGGUCUGCCCCCGAGCAGCCACGACGGACCCUGGCCGACAUCAUCAUGGAGAAGAUUAAGGAGAAGGAGAUGGAGAUGGCGCGUGAGGGUCAGGAGGGACCUCCUUUGCAGAGGCUCAACCCGAAGGUGGUUGAAGUCUACCGCGGUGUGGGAAGACUGCUCGCCAAAUACAAGUCGGGCAAGCUGCCCAAGGCGUUCAAGAUGGUGCCCACACUCACCAACUGGGAAGAGAUCCUCUACCUCACCGAGCCAGACCACUGGAGCCCGGUCGCCGUGGCGGCCGCCACCAAGAUCUUCGCGUCCAACCUCAACGCCAAGAUGGCCCAGCGAUUUUACAACCUGAUCCUGCUGCCCCACGUGAGAAACGACAUGGAGCAGAACAAGAAGCUCAACUGGCACUUGUACAUGGCGCUCAAGAAGUCCGUCUUCAAGCCGGCCGCCUUCUACAAGGGCAUCGUGCUCCCUCUCUGCGAGUCGCGAAACUGCACUCUCCGAGAGGCCACCAUCGUGGCGAGUAUCAUCGUGAAGGUCUCCAUCCCCGCCCUCCAAUCCGCCGUUGCUCUUCUUAAGAUUGCCCAGAUGGAGUACUCUGGCGCCAACAGUAUCUUCAUCCGCGUCUUGCUCGAUAAGAAGUAUUCGCUUCCGUACCGAGUGAUCGACGCUCUGGUGGACCACUUCGUCGGCUUCAUCAAGGAGGAGCGAAUGCUGCCCGUGCUCUGGCACCAGGCCCUCCUCGUGUUUGUGCAGAGGUAUAAGGAAGACAUGACGCCCAACCAAAAGGCGCAGGUGAAGCAGCUCAUCAAGCACCAGGGUCACCACACCAUCACCGGCGAAAUCCUGCGCGAGCUCAACGAAUCCAAGAGCAGAGGCGAAGGCCAGCCCAGCGCCGAC